CCUAUCUCCGGAUCACAGGCUGGACCAUAGUGCGCAUGCGCUAGCCGCUCCGCUCCCCGCCAUCUUUACUGCAUGCUUUGUUCAUUCUGGAGCUAACAGGGUCGACUAAAUCACAUUUACACCCCGAUAUAACCCUCUGAAACCCGCAGCGCGUUGAUCCACGACGGUCGUGGACUUGUACCCGGGGUUCAGUCGGUUUCGUGGUUUCCAGUGAGUGAGAGAAGAUGGACGACGAGCAGCCCAAGACCUUGUAUGUGGGGAACCUGUGCAGGGACGUGACGGAGGCCCUGAUCGUGGAGGUCUUCGGACAGAUCGGACCCUGCAAGAGCUGUAAAAUGAUAGCAGAUAUGGCGGGGAAUGACCCAUACUGCUUUGUGGAGUUCUAUGAGCAUAAACACGCCAUUGCCGCACUCACGGCCAUGAACGGGCGGAAAAUCAUGGGGAAGGAGGUCAAGGUGAACUGGGCGACCACCCCGAGUAACCAGAAGAAAGACACAAGCAAUCACUUCCAUGUGUUUGUUGGAGAUCUAAGCCCUGAAAUCACCACAGACGACAUACGAGCAGCAUUUGCUCCGUUUGGCAGAAUAUCUGAUGCCAGAGUGGUCAAAGAUAUGAAUACAGGCAACUCCAAAGGCUAUGGCUUUGUCUCUUUCUUCAAUAAAUGGGACGCGGAGAACGCCAUACAGCAGAUGGGAGGCCAGUGGCUCGGCGGGAGGCAGAUCAGGACCAACUGGGCCACCAGGAAGCCUGCUGCUCCCAAGGCCAGCCACGAAUCCAACACCAAGCACCUCUCGUUCGAAGAGGUGGUGAACCAGUCCAGUCUGAGUAACUGCACCGUGUACUGUGGAGGGGUGACCACCGGCCUCACAGAGGACACCAUGAAACAGACCUUCGGGCCCUUUGGUCAGAUCAUGGAGAUCCGGGUUUUCCCAGACAAAGGCUACUCCUUCGUACGGUUCAACUCCCACGAAGAGGCGGCCCACGCCAUAGUGUCUGUGAACGGCACGUCCGUGGAGGGCUACGUGGUCAAGUGCUACUGGGGAAAGGAGACCCCCGACAUGAUGAGCAGCCCCAUGCAGCAGAAGAACAAGGUGGGCUUCCCAGUGCAGCAGUACGGCGGGGUUGGGGGCCAGUGGGGCCAGUGGUACGGCAACACCCAGCAGGUGGGCCAGCAGGUGGGCCAGUACGUUGCCAGCGGCUGGCAGAUGCCCUCCUACGGGGUCUACGGACAGCCCUGGAACCAGCAGGGCUACAGCGGUCUGCACGCAGGCGCUGGCUGGACUGGCGUGGGCGCUGUGAGUGACGCCGGCAUGGGCGAACCGGGACAAGGAAUGAACGGAGCGGUUUUAGCCAAUCAGACGGGCAUGAGCACGGCCGGCUACCACCCACACUGAUGGGCGGCCCAGAGAGCGUGGCCGCCAUCACCUGGAUGCUACCUGAAGAUGCAAUACUGAGGACAAAGAGGGGCGGGGUUGUACGUGUGCUCCAUCAUUACAGCACACGUGAUUAUUAAUCUAUAAUGGGGAGGGGGGGGAAGGGGCGUAGGCCAGCUCAUACACUUACACAAGUCUGUACAUUUUAGGUGGAUGAAAGGUGUGUGUGUGUGUGUGUGUGUGUGUGUGUGUGUGUGUGUGUGUGUGUGUGUGUGUGUGUGUGUGUGUGUGUGUGUGUGUGUGUGUGUGUGUGUGUGUGUGUGUGUGUGUGUGUGUGUGUGUGUGUGUUGAAAUUCUAUUAACAAGAAAAAUGCCCGCUCAUGUUGGACCCAAGAAAGGUCUACAGCGUUUUUAUUUUGUUACUGAUAAAGAUAUUAGGAGUUACUUCUGUUUGUCAGGUUGGAUUUCACAUAUUAGGUUCGACAAUUUCGUGUUUUGUCAAAUUUAAGAAUAAAUAUAAGCAAUGCUACAAUGGAAUGACAUGAAACAAGAUAUUUUUGUUCAGGAAAGAUGGAUGAAAUGAAAGUCCUAUUUUUCUUAUUCGAUUUUCAAAUGACUUGCAGGGACUUCUGCCGUGGUUCUUACGUUAAAAGGCAGACAAAACGUUGCACAAAUUAUAUGACUCUUGCUUACUUUUACAGGACAAUUAGCUGUUGCAAAUUCAGGAUCUACCCUAAUCCUUUUGCAUUCCUUUCACCUUUCUCUAAAUAUCGCUGUUAUUUAACACAAACGUGACUCAGUCUUUCGGUUCUACUGAAGCUGGAUCGACAUUUUGACAAAUGUUUCAAGAAAGCUUGCCUACUCUUUGACGAAAGGGUUGAUGUUAAUGCAGUUUGUGUUUAAUGUGAGAUUGUAUAAAUGUCACCAGGAGAUGUUUUGUCCACAUUUGUUGUACAUUUAGGGCAGGGGGCAGGGUGGCAUUAGAUACAGUGCCAAGUGUCCCCAAUGGAAAAUUACAUUGCUUUGGUUAUUUUAUGUAUUGAAGUGCACUUUCAUGACCCGUAUUAAUGAAAAGGAUUACAUUUUGUGUGCAUUGAGCCCCCAUUUUGUUUUAGAUGUAAUUUGAAGAUCGAUUUAUUUUCUUUUUUUAUAUAUAAUCAUCAAAAAACAAUGCAGUGCCUGAGAAUUAUUUCAGAUUUCUUCCUUUGACAACAGAAACCAUAUCAGUACCACAUAGGUUCUGCUUUGUUCCAUUAAAAUAUCGAUGCUUAA